AUGAAUAAAAAUAUUGAUUUAAAAUUUUAAAAACUAAAAGAAUUACUUGAAAAUACAAGUGAAAACCAGUUACAAAUAAAAUUAUCUGAAAAUGAAUAUCUUAAAUAAACAAUAUUAUAUAAUAAAUUAGGAUGUGUCUAUUUUUAAUCCCAAUUAUUUGAAAAGGCAAAGAUAUUUUUAUUAAAAUCAUUACAAAUAAAAGAAUAAAAAUUACCAGAAUUAACCUAUUCAAACAUACAUAUGAAUUUAGGAAACUUAUAUGCUUAAGAAAGAAAUUAUUAAAAAGCAAUUGAACAUUAUUUAAAAGUAAUAGAAUAAUCGACUUUUAAUUUAUAAAAUUAAAAUAAAACAUAUGAAAAAUAUGAACUUAGUAAAUAAUUAAAUUCUUUUGAAGCUUUUGUCGAUUCCCAUACAAAUUUAUCUGUAAUGUAUAUCUAAAUAGGAGAAAAAGAAAAUUCAAUAAAAUAUUGUUUGAAAACUUUAGAAUUAAACCCAGAAAACAUAGAAAGUAAAAUUAAUUUAGGAGAUAUAUUAAGAUAAUUUGGAAAAUAGGCAGAAGCAAUAGACAUGACUUGGAAAUGUAUAGAAAGUUUUUCAAAAUAAUCCUUAAAUAGAGAAUAUAAGCGUCCAAUAUAAAUAGAUAUAUAAGAAUUAAAUCAAUAAAAUAUUAAAAGCAAAACAAAUAUUAAUACAAAUAUAAUCAACAUAAUAUGUGUUAAAUGGGGAACUAGAUACGAUUCUGAAUAUGUAAAUAAACUUUAUAGAGGAAUAAAAAGAAAUACUACAAAACAAUAUUUCUUUUAUUGCUUUACUGAUAAUAAUGAAGGACUAGACUAAAAUAUAAUUCCUGAAAAUCUAUAAGAAAACUGGCCUAAAUGGUGGGGAAAAGCGACUUUGUUUUCUUUAGAAAGCCAAGAUCUUUAAGGUGAUAUGAACUUUUAUAUAGAUUUAGAUAUGAUAAUAACUGGAAAUAUAGAUAAUUUAUUAGAAUACUAAGGAAAUUUUGCAAUUUUAAAUACAGGCGAUAUUGCUUGUGAAAAACAACAUAAAAAUGGAUAUAAUAGUAGUAUAAUAAUUUGGAAUAAAAAAUGCAACUAAUUAAAUUAAAUAUAUAAUGAACUUAAAUAAAAUUAUAAUAUAAUUACCAAAUUUAUUGUUAGAUUUGAUUAUUGGUUAGAAAUGAAUAUUUAAAAUGCCGAUUUUAUAUAAGAUUUAUUUCCUGGGUAAGCUUCUGAUUAUUUAAAAGAGUGUUAAUAAUAAUUACCUUAAAAUACUAAAAUUGUUUGUUUUCCAAGAAAACCUAAACCUGAAGAUUAUCCUUCUGAAUGGAUUAAAUAAUAUUGGAUUUGA